GGAACAAGUCGUACGCAAAACUUGAAUGAAGCAGAAAAUUUAUCAUAACUAACCAGUGCAAUAUACUUUAGAGAUCUGCAUGGGCUUUAUCCAUCGCAGAUGAUGAAUCAUAUGAUCAGGAAGCUCAGCAUGAAGACACCAGUAUGAGUUUCCCUGACUACAGUCAGAAAGCAGAGGACCACCAGUCCAUACUUAUACUGGUUAAACUGGUCGGUGCCGAACUAAAACCCAAGUCCUUUGGUCGUGUCUAUGACAGGAUUGGUCGUGUGGAGUGUGUGCAUGUCCCGAACCAGCAACGGACAGUUUGGAUGCGCUACAAGAGCCAAUAUCCCAUAGAGAAUAAUGAAUGGGGUGAUUUUCAGGCACACCGAAAGGUUCUGGGUCUGCUGUGUAUUGGCAAAGCAAGAACCACCGAGGAAAUGGAGGACAUUUACCAAACCUACGAGGAUGAAAAAAACGCAUACAGUUCCACAAUGUAUGACUCCAGACUUGUUGUCUUUGGGAUGAACACAGAUGGUUCUCCCAGCAUGCAACAGUCUGACCCCAAUGACCCCACACUGCUGACAUCUGUUGGUGGGGAGGGGAGUGAUAAACAGGGAUCUACUAGUACUAAUAUAGUGGCAGCUGAAACUAAAGAUGCCAAUAGCGAAUCGGACAAAGAAAAUGCUCACACUCCUGAUGGAGAUCUUGAAACUAAAAAUGGAGAUCUUGUAACUAAAACUGGAGAACUUGAAAUUAAAGAUGGAGAUCUCAAAACUAAAAAUGGCGAUAUUCAAAUAAAGGACCCUUUAAGAUAUGAACCAGAAGAAACAACUGCAAUAUCAAAAAUUGACUCUGUGAGUGAAAAAUUAGUCAAAUCAGACAUAAAUUCCUCAGAAAAGACGGAGGAAAAGAAAUCGGGUACGGUACCUGGUGGUCAGUUGGCACUCAAGAAAGGUCAGCUGACCAGUGACUCUCCCUUACAACAGAAAAAACAGGGUCACCUAUCACCCAGUGGUCAGUCUACUCCGGCCAGUGGGUCACCGUCAGGGUCAAGACGGAGCAGCAGCCGGGGGAAGGACCCCAAGUCACAUAUAUGGUUCUAUGCUGAUAUUGACAAGUGUCCAGAUUUGGAGGAAAAGGUGAAGGAAUUUGUAAUGACCUUGUUCUGGGUGUUGGAGGGGAAACGGCUCGACAGGUCCUUCGAAAAGAAGAUGCAGCUGAUCUCGGCACCGUUUGAGAAAAAGGACAUGGUGGGAGUUGACGUGGAAAACAAGCCCACUCCUCAACGAGCGGAAUCCAAGAAAAAACUCUUUUUCCUGGAACGUGCUGUUUCCACUGACAAAUCAGAUCUUGUGGCUCACAUGGUGGAUACCCAGAAGGUGUAUCGUAAACGGUGUCAGGGACGGCUGAGGAAGCACCUGGGUGAUCUGUGUCUAUUGGCGGGUGUCCCCGGGGAGGCCAUCCUCCACUACAGCACCGCCCUGGACAUCCUCAAGUCUGCCAAUGACUGGCUCUGGUUGGCAGCUGCCUACGAGGGCCUGUGUUCUGCCUCAGUCAUCAUCAUGUACCCCAGAGAGGAGAGGCAAAGUUUCCAGAGGAACUACUCAUGGUCCACUAAGAGAGGCAGCUCUAUGAUGCAGGAGGCUAAACAGAGAAGUAGUGCUCAACAGAAUCGUAAUCAGAAUGGCCUUGACCUUGCCAGAGUGAGAAUCAAAAACUGUCUUAUGGGGGACGACAUCAUUGAAAAAUACAAGGAGGCGAUCAUGCACUACAGCAAGUUCAAGAACGUGGGUAUUGUUGAGAUGGAAGCCAGUAUUAAAGCCUGCAGAGUGCUGAUCAUGCAAGGGAAAAACCUGCAGGCUUCAGAGUUCCUCCAGAAUGUGGUGUAUAUAAACCUACAGAUGUCAGAGGAAGAGAAGGUUCUCCGCUACAGCACCCUGGCUAAUCUAUACGAGCAAAUCAAUUUCCACAGAAAGGCAGCCUUCUUCAAGCGAGUUGCUGCCAUGCAAAGCGUUGCUCCAACCGUGCCAAAUCCUUCCUGGGAACGCUGUCAUCAGCUUCUGAUGCAGUCUCUGAAAGGCUACAGUAUUACAUUGGACUACAGGGAGAGGGUCCAAGGAGAAGCUGUGGGCUGGCCAAUUGUUCAGUCCCGGGUACUGCAUGAGGUGGUCUACUGCGCCAGGAAACUGGGGAAUGUGCCCCUGAUUAUAAGACACAUGACUCACCUGCUCCACAUGAUGCACCACUACCUGACCCCCCAGGAGAAGAGAGAACUGUCCAACCUCCUGGAGACCUACACCUGUCAUCAUGAGGGUCUUAACCAGCCCAUAGCCCUGGACAGUGGUCAAAUCUUGCCAGCUGCACCCUUGUUGAAUUUACCUCAGGUCAGAGUCAUGAAACUAAUGAAUCUCCCCCUCCACCUACGCCCUGUGGCCAUCAAGUCCACGCUGACCCCGGACAGAGAGCAGUCGCCCAGUCCUUUCAUCUACUCCCCCUUACAGUUCUCUGCACCCAUGGGCAGAGUCAGGAAGGACAGGUCUAAGAUGGACUUCCAGUGGGUGAUGGACGAUGUCUGUGAGGUGGCGCUCCAGGUCUUCAACCUCAUGCCGUAUGAACUGAAGGUGUCCAAUGUGGCCUUGCUGACAGAUGGAGUUGACUUUGUCUCCCACCCGUCCAGCAUGUCCCUCCAGGCCAAUUCUGGCCCCUAUGUGGUCAAGGUACUGGGGACACCCAAGGGUGCUGGUCAAUUAAAUAUCAUAGGCUAUACAACCACUGUACUGGGAGUGAGAAACAACUGUAAGCUGCGCGACAUACCGAGGAUACGCGAGGCCCAGUACACCGUGGAGGUUAUUCCGCCAUUGCCCCAGUUACAGGUCACGACCUCGGUGCCAAGGUCACGGAGCUACAGCAACCUGGAUGAGAUUCUGAAGAAAGAGAGUGCAAUAUUGACUGUUUUCGCAGGAGAGAGUUUUGAGUGUCAAGUGAUGCUGACCAACACUGGUAGUUACCCCAUAGAGGUGGUAGAGCUGGCUCUUGACUCCAAGGGGAAAGAUAAAGGACUGGAUUCAAAAGAAAAAGAUGAAGAAAUGGAUGAGGUUUUUGUAUGGAACAUGGAAAGUUUGCAGUCCCAGCUUCCUAUAGCUCCUGGCAGCCAUGCUUGCUUCACCAUCUUUAUCCAUGGGGUCAGCAACUUCAUUUCCAAGGAGUCCACUGUGAUAGAUGAUAAAUCUGCUCAACUAAGUCCCGCUCGACGGCCUCGCUCCACGGGUUUGUCAGACUUGUCUACUGUAGCCCUCAAGUCUUCCCAGUCUUGGAAUGAUCUGGUAUUGGUGGACCACAGUGCAAAGAUCAUUCAGGCCACCUUCAAGUUCAAGUACAGUGGUGGUCCCGGUCUAGAGCGCGGUUUCUGCCGCCAUUGCGUGGUACCCAUGAACAUCGCCAUUCAACCCGCGGUGGUCAUGAAGGCCUGGGACGUGGUGGCCGGAGACACCUGUGAUACUUGUAAACUGGUCCUUGAUGUCCAGAAUACCACUGACCACUGGGCUGAGCUGACCACUGGAGAUCUGGCCAUGUCCUCUGAUGACCCAGUCCUGACCUCUGGGAAGACUCCUGUGACCCCUGGUGACCUUCCAAUGACCUUUGGUGACCCUCCUGUGACCUCUGUUACACCAGGUGCAGUAACAUUGGCAGAGAAAAAGACAAAAAGGAUAUGGAUUCCUAUCAGGAGGUGCAAAAUACAAGAACUAUAUGACAUUCCAUUAGAAAACGACAAUGAAGACGUAGAAAGUAGUGAACCUGUUCACAGGCGACACAGAGACUCUUUAUCGCACCAUCUCCAUGACGAUGCAGAAGGAUCAGAGGUUGCAGAAAAGAUACAGGAAGAGUGCCUUAAAUAUUUGUCUGAAUUUGUGGACAUUCGAUGGAGUAUCCCUCACCUACAGAAGUCUGGGAAGAUUGCUGUGGAUAAACUGCCAUGGAGUGAUGCUCAGUUGGAGCUUGUGAGAGAGACUCCUAUUCACUGGGAUAUUUCUUUAAACAAAAGAGGUUACAGUGGGGAAGCACAUCAGUUCAACACUGGGGAGCUGGUACAGCUAGACGUCAGCCUUACUUGUCGCUCAGAUUUCCCUAUCCCAGAAUGCACUCUAUCAGUACAGUGCCACAGGAAGUACAAUCCAGACAUGUCAUGUGAUCGUCAUGUGACUAUAACAGGACAGUCUUGUAAAAAUACACCUGAGCUCGGCAGUGGAAGCACAUUCCGCCACACGUGUCACCUGACUUUUUACCAUACGGGCCAGUACGUGCUGGAUAUCACAUGCACAGAACUCACGAGUAACGUGCAGGAGAAUGCAUGCACAUGGACGUGCUCCCCUGAAGUCAGCAUAGAUAUCACAGACUCGGAAUCAGUUUUAUUAUUUGACUCAUCGGGUCAUGUGAAGUGAAUUUUCUCACCCUAUAGUCAGACUUGUUCUUGUGAUCAGCAUCAGAUUGGAUGAUAUUAAGUGUUACUAAUGGUCCACUUUAACACAGGAAGAAAUAAUAGGGCGCAGGCAGGUUUAAAAUGGCUUCAUGUGCUUGUCAAGGCAAAAGAUGGGAGUUAUGACACAGACAAAGGGGCAUAGGCAGAUUUAAGAUGGUGGCAACUGUAGGUAUGAGUAAUUGGAAAGGCAAUUUAAGUAUCGCAAGUUUGUUUUUAUGUCUAUUUGUUUAUUUGGUGAAAGACUCCACCGAGAAAUUGUGGAGAAAUUGUCAAUUUGCACCACUCUCUAGGAUUACCCCUGGACUCUGUAACUAGAGAGUGGAGACUAUUGGAGAAUGAGAGCGUACAUAGAUGUGUUGGGAGGUACAAAAAGUCCCUGGUGGAUCUCAUAUCGGAAUCUAGAUAUGUUUGGUGCCUUGAAUAGGCACUCUUAGUUGUUAGUUACGGUAUGGUUACUAGUCAUUUUCAUCUACCUUUGAAUAUUUUAAGACGUACAAUGAGCAAAGGACUUUUGUUAAGAAAAUGAUAAAAUUUUCCAGGAAAUUGCAACACAUUUUUGGUAUUCACCAGAGUAAUCAUUAUCCAAAGAGGGUCAGAUUUUCAAGUUUACAUUGACGAGUAUUCAAAUUUUUUAUGUUGGAAGAUAGUCAAAAUGGAGGAUGGAUCAACAAAUAUAAUUUGGAAGACUGUCAGAAAUUAUGUCUGGAUCCACCCCUUCAAUCUAUGAAGCA